ACCUAAUUUUGAAAGCACGUGUCAAAUGGUUUGUUUUGUUUCCUCACUGCGACGACGACGGUAAGCGUAAGAGCUGAAUCAGUCGAACAGCUGAUAUUGAACGGAACGGUGCAGAGCGCUCAAAAUUUCGAAACAAUCAUCCAUAUGUCCAGUGCCGCUCACAGGAUGAAAGUGCUGUCCCUCUACAAACAGCUGCUGCGUGAAUCGCAGAAGUUCAGCUCCUACAAUUUCCGCAAUUAUGCUCUGCGGCGGAUCCGAGAUGCAUUCCGAGAGGGUAAGGCGCUGACCGACUCGACAAAGAUUCAAAGCGAGGUAGAUUAUGCCAGCAAGAAUUUGGACAUCAUCAAGCGGCAGGCCCUUAUCAGUCAGAUGUUCCGGGCGGACAAACUUGUAAUCGAAAAAUGAAUCAUCACGCUGAGUGGCGCAAUCACCGAGAUACGCAAACCUCCACGAAGGAAACUGGAAAGCAGUUUAAAUCACAACAUUUAGCGUUAGUUUCGUAGGUUUUUUUCUAUAGUCAUGCAAGAAUUUAAGUGUUCUCACAUUCGAAUAUAUGGAACACAGAACGCUGCACUGUUUAGGUAUUAAACAAAUGAGUAGUGAGAUACAAUAGCUUGUAAAUGUCAAUGGAAAUCGUAUAAAAGAAAAAAGAAAUGGCGGAGAAAUAAAAUGUUUAACUCAAGAA